AUGGACGGGACACCGGAGCCUCUGGCCAUGACUGUCCACCUGCUCGCCAACUCUGGGCAUGGCUCGCUUCUGCAGCAAACUCUGGAUCAGCUCCUGGACUGCAUUUGCCCAGACGUGCAUCCCUUUCUGGUGUCAGAGCGGGUCAGUCCAGUGAAAUCCUAUGACAAGUGCCACUCCAAGCGCUCACGGUUCCCGGGGAUGUCUGUGUUGCUCUUCCUGCACGAGAGCCUGGGAGAGGAGCGGCUCUUUCGGGUUCUUGACUCCCUCCAGCACUGGCCGUGGCACUGUUACCCUGCCCCGAAUGCUCAGGGGGGGCCGUGUCCCUACAUCCUUGCCAACCAGGAGUUCUACAGUGUGGACAGCCAGAUGCCCGUCUGGGGUGUGAGGCAGGUGCACUGUGGCUCCGAGGUCCUGAGGGUGACACUCUACUGCAGUUUUGAUAACUACGAGGAUGCCAUCAGACUCUAUGAGUUGAUCCUGCAGAAGGAAGCCACCGUGCAGAAAAGCAACUUCUGUGUCUUCGUGCUCUAUGCCACUGAGAGCUUCGCUCUGCAGUUCUCCCUGGCGCAGCUGCCCCUUGGAAUGUCAGUGGACCCCAAAGAAUCUUCUGUGCUGCAGUUCAAGGUUCAAGAGAUCGGCCAGUUAGUGCCCCUUCUACCCCACCCGUGCGUCCCCAUCAGCCGCACCAGGUGGCAGACGCAGGACUACGAUGGCAAUAAGAUCCUGCUUCAGGUCCAGGUGAACCCAGGACUUGGUGUCAGAAAUGGCGAGCUUUCCUUUCUGAAUGGCACCUCGGGAGCUGACGCACUUCUCCAGGGCUCCCGGCUGAUCCCUGUCUCCACAAGGAGGACCCUGGAGCCACAAUGCCGAAGGAACCGGUCCAGGAGGCUCAAGGUGGGUUCUCUGGAGUGCGCAGAGCCUGCUGAGAGCUCUGGGUCAGACAGCUGUAGUGGCACCUCGUGGAAAAGCCCUGGCUGCUUGUCCCAGGACAGGAGCUCUGCAAUGGGCAUCCAGAUGCAUCUGCCUUCUCCCCACCUCCAACCUGGGGCCAGAAGAAAGGUCCUCAGCCUGCAAGACAGCUUUGGGAAGCUGGAGGCAGAAACGAAUGUUGACACGGGGUGCACCGUGGUCAAUUCUGGACCCCGACAGUCUUUUCUGAGCAGAUUUUCAAGGGAUGUCCGGACCAGCCAGGCACCACCCUGCUUGCCAGACUCCUCCUCAGGGGCAACUGCCUCCAAGAACAACAGAGUCUUUAAGGCAAGGACCCAUUCUUUGUCACUUGCUGGCCAAAGGGAUCUUGGUGCAAGGAAGAUAAUCUCACAAUGUCCCCUUCACCUGCCAGUCCAGGGUGAAGAAAAAGAAGAAGAAUUCUUUAUAUAGCAUAAAACAAAUGUGGUUUCCUAAAACACAAGAUCAGAUAUAGUGUUCUAGAAAUGGAGCACUGUUUCUUGGUCACGUGAUGGGUCCUGAAUGUUAGCCAGGCACCGAUCUGUAUUGCUUUUAUUUCAAAUGUGCAUAGUCUAACGGUGCUGUGAAGUAUUGUUUAUUUGCCAUCAUGGUCAUGAAGAAAUACAGCCAGCACAUAGGGAGAAAGCCCAAGGCCCUGUGUCCCUGAAGACACACUAACCCAGCUGGGUGUGUUGAUUUCAGCACCUAUCAGGAAUAAUUGCUUUGUAUGCCAGUGAGUCGGAUGUGUUAUGCAAUGCUGAUGAGUGGAUGUAAUUUAGUUUUAAUUUUUACUUGGGUUGCAUAGCUCAUCCCCCUGGAUAACAUGGACUAUUUAUUCUUUAGUGUUUUUUAAUUUUUAUGUGACCUCCUUUGGUAAUGAGGCCCUGUACACCACGUAGCCUCUGGUGAUUUUGCCUUUAAAGUUGUUUGCCUCUAGAAUGAGUUCACAUGCGAGGGUUUUGAAAAUUACGAACAAUUAAUUUUUUUUCCUGUUUAAUAAGCAGAAACCCUAGAAGUCAAAAGAUCAGGUGAAAAAUGAAAGCGAGGUUCUAGGAUUUCCCUGCUCCUCCAUUUCUCAUUUGUUUCCGCACUACUCCAAAGGGGCCAGUGGUUCCCGUUUCUAACCAGAGAGGAAUGUGACAUGAUUGGAUGAUUCCAGAGCUCUACUUGACGUGGCAGGAAGAUUAGAUUGGAUGCGUUGUUGGAGCAGGACUUGCGUUCUUCCGGCCAAGUUCGAAUUCCUAAAUUUCCUUGCAAUACGCAUUCAUCCAUUUAUACAUUCAUUCAUUCAGCAAAUAUUUAUUGAGCACCUACCUUUGAAUAAGACAUUGACGUAUGGUCCACAUACAAUCUUUGGCCAUCAAACCCAAAAGAUAUAUAUGGUCUCCCAAGUAGAAAUCCAUUCUAUCAACACUUGAGAAUAUGUUGAAAUCUUAACUUAAUUCCUCUGGGACCCUUUUCCACAGCGAUUUUCACACUUGCUGCACAAGGCUGUAGUAAGCAGGUGUAGACUGGGCGUGUUAUGAUUCUAAUUAUAACCAUAAGGGACAAAUUCUCGUUGCUCUUGUGCUGUAUUUUUCUGUUGGGUCUAAACACACAUUUAAAAAAUAUCUGAGGUCUCUGUGUUGUGGCUACUUUAUAAGGUUAUUUGACUCCACGAACUUUAUUCUCCAGGACAGAUGUUACGUAAGAUUAUAAAUGCUAAUUUAGCUGGGUCUUCCGGUGACCCUGAUACUUAGUAUACCCACUUGAGGAGAAGGAUGAGUUCAGGCCCAAGGAUGAGUCUUAGGGCAGGGACGCCCACUGAGUUUGGGUGCCCUUCUGAGCUUGAAGAACUGAAACGAAGGAGAGUUGCAAAUCGACAAAGACGAGACUUCUACAUUGAUUUUAUUUUUUCUGGGCUCACGACCUCCAUACAUUCCCAUUCUCAUUUUCUUUCUCCCUGUCCCCCAGACUAAAGUUAGAUUUUAGGAAGUAGAAUGAAGAAUUUUGGUCUGCUUUUCUAGAAUAAGAGUUAAGAAAAAUGAAAGUCUUAUUUAAAUGGAACUAUUGAGCUGCCUUGAAAAGCACAGCAGGGGGGCAGUUCUGAAAUUUCUUUCCCACUUUUUUUGAGGUAACCUGAAUUCUUUAACAUAAUACAUGGGUGAGACUAUAAGUACAUGGAAAUUAUGAAGAAUACUGGAAAAUGUGAAGGAGUACCUUACAAAAUUGACUUGAAAAUAAUACACUCUUAAAAUGGCACCGGCUCUGCUCCUCUACACAGCAAUCCAAUUUACAACAUGGUGGGAUGGACAUUCCAAUGGGCCAGGGUGCCAAAGGCCCCACUUUUGGCCUCAGCUUUUAAAUUUACUACUUAUGGGACCUUGAACUGUCAGCGUCGUUGAUCCUCUGUUGCCUUUCCUAUUGUAACAAAAUGUUGUUAAGAGAAUCAAGAUGAUGCACAUGAAAGCAUUUGGAUAUUA